CAGGGGCCGCUGGCGGGCGGCCGAGCUGUGAGCGCGGGGCGGCGCGGCGGCGGCCAUGGUGGUGCACAUUCUGGACGACACCCACCUGGCCAUCAGCGCCAUCGUGACGGUCAGCAUGCAGCUCGUCUUCUUCGGCGUCGCCGCCACCUUCCAGCUGGACAAGCUCACCGACUUCGCGGGCGGCACCAACUUCAUCAUCCUCGCGCUGCUCACCUUCUUCCUGUCGCAGACGUACGACAGCCGGCAGCUGAUGGUGACUGUGUUCAUCUGUCUGUGGGGCGUGCGCCUAUCGGGCUACCUGCUCUACCGCAUCCUCAAGAUCGGCCGCGACCAGCGCUUCGAUGACAAGCGAUCCAACGCCGUGUGGGUGUUCGUGGUGAGCCUGCCCGUCAUCUUCAUCAACUCGCCGCACAACGCCAUCCCGCCCGCGCCCAAGACGAUGACGACGCUCGACUCGGCCGGCACGGGGCUUUUCUUCAUCGGCCUGCUGGCGGAGACCUACGCCGACCUGCAGAAGUUCUCCUUCCGACAAGACCCGGCCAACAAGGGCAAGUGGUGUAACGACGGUCUGUGGCGGCUGUCGCGCCACCCCAACUACUUCGGCGAGAUCGUGCUGUGGUGGGGCAUCUUCAUCAUCUCGGUGAACGUGCUGGACGGCGCCGAGUGGGUGGCCAUCCUCAACCCGGAGUACCGCUACUACAAGGCGUCGACGUCGCCGCUCAUCCCCAUCCCGCCCUCCUUCUACGUGGAGGUGCCGUGGUUCCUCAAGUUCAUGCUGUGCUGCGAGUACCCGCUGUACGACUCGCUGGACGUGCCCACGCCCACCGUCAUCACCGAGUCCACGAGCAUCUCGCCGUCGCAGUCGCAGUCAUAGCUGGCGGCCGCG